AUAGACGGAAGCGCUCAUGCGCCGGCCUAAGAAGACGAAGCCUACCAAGCGCGUGCUCUCAAUCGAACCGUUGAACGCUGUCAGAUCCCGGAGAUUUCAGGUUGAUCAAGCAGCCAGACCUCUGUAUAGGCAAACUUCGAGUGCACAUUCAACAUGGCGUCGGAGAUUGCCAUUGCGUCCGAGAUGGAACCAAUCCCCGUGCCGUCAGGGACGCUUGUCUUUCGACCAUGCAUCUCCUGUGCCCCGCAACCGAAAUGGAUCUCAAGCAAUAACUGGGCCACCUUGCGGCUGCGCGCGUUCUGGCUUCAUUUGCAGCACCAGAUUCCACGCGAUGACGAUGACGCGGCUCCUGACGUCGGCGAAGGCAGAAGCGGAGGGGGAGGUGGAGGUGGAGGCAGUCCUCCUCCGCUGCCCCUACCGAUUCAGGUCGCUGGUUCCGCGACAACCUCCUCGCCAAAGCGUCGCCCUCAACCUCGGCAUCCGCCGUCCACAACUCCUACAACGACCACAACUACGACUGUCCCACCGCGCAGGGAGCUGAUCUGCACCGUGGGCGGCAUUGCGACCGAAUACAGGCAGUACCCGGAGGAUGGGCUCUGCCACUACAUCUACUACACACAUGUGCUCACCCGGCGGUCGAACGUCACUGCAAUCCAGUCGACGCGCUUCAUCACCAGCUUCAAGGUGUUCCAGGAACGCAUACCAAAGUACAAGAAGACUCAAGGGGGGCUCUCCUUUGACGUGAGGAAAACGAAUCGCGACAUUGGGAACUAUGCGGUCGCUUCGCUGAAGGAGCUGCAGGCGAAGAACAUCGUGCACUACGGCUCUCUCAAUGUCAUCGACAGAAUCGCCACCCUUGGAGACCUCGUAGCGCGAGCUCUAGCUCUGGUCAAGGAACUCAAGCGGCUCCAAGAGGGCGACGCCAGCAAGAGAACCGUAAUCGCCAUCGGUGGGAUCGGUUACAGCGACCCACCCGCCUGGAGAAAGUACACGGAUUUGAUCAAGGAAGCCGCGAAUGCGGGCACCGGGAUCGACACCGUGAUCGCCAUUUCCUCGGUCAGCGACUGGCUCGAGGAGAUGUCCAAGUGCAAAACCGUGCCCCCGGCCUUCAUCACGGCCUCCAACAAGGACUAUCCGUCUCUGGACCGACACAUGGAGCUGGUGAAUGAGGCGAGUGAGAGCAUCUACGGCAACAAGGACGUCUAUGUGGGCCUCUCGCUUGAGAUGGGUGCCUGGAUGUACAGCUUUGACGCCGACCAGCCCAGCGCCCUCACUCGCAACCCUCUGUACCAGCACUGCAAGGCAGCGAGCCUUGUGCCGCUGGACAUGGGUUGCGAUAGUGGCUCAAAGGUACACGUCAAGGACACCUACAUUGCGUACGGCACGGAUACAAAAAAGGUGGUCAUGGUCUUCGACAACGACGUUACUGUGGCAGAAAAGGUGGAGUACGUUCUGGAGAAGAAGCCACGGAAGCGCUUUGCCUGGCUCUACUUCAACGUGCACAUGGCCGACUUGCUGGGCAAGUGCAAAAUGCCCAAACCUUUCACGCCAAUCCUUGUACUGCGCAAGGACUUCAACAUCGGCGACAAGCCGUAGUACGGCAAAUAAAGUGGCUGCGAGCGCGCUUCGCCGAUGCGACUGGCGCACGUGACCAAACUGUA